GCACUCACAAGUCACAAGCAAUGCACUGAGUGCCUAUCACUUUUGGCGCUACCUUACCUAACCUAACAUAACAUGAUCUCACGACCACACUCCUUUCACUCUCACUCAUGACUUCCAAAACGCACCGUUUCACUACCUGUCACCGUCACCCUUCCACACCCGUCACCGGUUUCUGUGCCUCCUGUCUCCGUGAACGCCUCGCCGGCAUCGAUUCCUCCUCCGCCGAAUCGCCGGAGCUCCGCCGCACCAAGUCCUUCUCUGGGCGCACCACCGACGCUCCCUCCUCCUCCGCCGCCCCGGAGCCCCGCCGCAGGUCCUGCGAGGUCCGACUGCCGCCGUUGGGAGGCUCGCUGUCGGACCUCUUCAACGUUGACGACAAGAAGAAGAAGCCUCCGAAUCGGAAUGCUGAGAUCUGUUCCAGCACCACCGGCGGCGGAAUCGGAGAGAAAGAGCGCGGCGACCCGGUUAGGGUUUCCGGCGAUGAUGACGGAGAGGGUAAGACGAUGAAGGAGUUCAUAGAUCUUGAAUUGCGGAGCAAAAAGAACACAGGGAGAGAUUUCAGAGACAUCGCGGCGAGUUUUCGCGAGGCUGCUUCCGUAUUCAGCAAAAGGUUGAUGAAAUGGCGACGGAAGCAGAAUGCGAAGAGAAACCGCUACAACGACGGCGCAGGCGCCGGCGCCGGCGUUGGUCCGAUCGAAAAGCUAGGGCUAAGGACAUUGCAUGAGGCCCAAUCUGAGGUCGGAGAAUACGGCAUCGCCUUAGGUAGAAGAUCGUGCGACACUGAUCCGAGGUUAUCCGUGGACGAUUCGCGGUUUUCGUUCGAAGCUCCUCGAGCUUCAUGGGACGGUUAUUUGAUAGGAAAAGCGUACCCUAGGGUUUCCCGAAUGGUUCGUGUUGGUGAUAGGGUUUUGCUUGAAGAAGAAGAAGAAGAAGAGGGAGAAGAGAGUUUGGAGAAUGGUGAAGAGUGUUGUCCUGGUGGUUCAGCUCAGACUAAACAUUACUACUCGAAUUGGCAUAGGAGGAGGAGGAGUUUCGAUAGGUCGAAUUCGCGUAGGAAGUCGUUAAUGGGGGAAGUUGAUGAAUUGAGAGCGAUAUCUAAUGCUAAGGUUUCCCCUGCGACCACUGAGUUGUUCUAUGGUGCAAAGGUGUUGAUCACUGAGAAUGAUUUGAGGGAUGCGAAUUUGAAACCAAUUAAUAGUGUUCAAUCUGAUAAUGUAAUGGGUUCUGCUUCCAAGGAUGAUGCUUGUGAUGUUGCAAUUGGGGAUGAUCAAAAGGGAUUGAACAGGUUUCACAAAUGGGGUAGGUUGUGGAGUAAGUUGGGGUUAAUGCAGAAGAGAAGGGAAGAUAGGUUGGAAGAAGGAGAGUAUGCUGGUGGUGGUGGUGGUGAUGUGGUUGAUAAGCCAAUUGCAGAGUCUUGGCAGAAGCUGAGGAGGGUAGUUAAUGGACAAGUGAGUGAGUCGGUUAGCCAGAAGCUUAUUCGUAGCUAUAGUGUUAGUUGUAGAGAUUCUAGUAGAACCGCGGGUUUAGUCAGUGGCUUUGUGGGUUCUGAGACUAAAGGCCAUGUUUUCAAUGGAAGGCAGAAGUUUAUGCUUCAGAGAAACCGGAGUGUUAGGUAUUCACCAAGUAAUGUUGACAAUGGCUUGUUAAGGUUCUAUUUGACACCCUUGAAAAGCUAUAGGAGAAGCAGAUCUGGAAAGAGUAGUUUAAAGAGUUCAAAUCCCACAGCCAGAAGUUUCUUUUGAGGCUGUAACUAGUGGAAUGUGGUUGUAAAAACAUAUAUAAUGAAAUUGUUUCUUGUCCUUGCGAUAUAGCACUUCACAUUGUUAGAUUGCAUCACAUUGGAAAGAUAUAACUGUUGAAAUCUGGCGGGUUGCAGCUGUUCUCAUGAUGUUGGUAGCAGAAUAAAACAUUCAUACUGCGAUACUAUUGGCAUUGUGAAUUUCUGAUUGCAUACUAUCAUAAGAGUAAAGAUGUAGGUUAAGUUUUUAAAGCCUGUUCAGCUAGCAGAGAGUAUUAAGCUUUAUCCUCCAAUUAUGGUUCAACUAUGCUAUUGUUAUGGAAGCAUGAACUAAGACCACUUGUAAAUUUCUAUAACUAUUAUGAAUUUAUGAUUAUGAACCUAAUUUCUGUUUUU